CAUAGACGUCAGCAAUUGAAUGGAUGGUCACUGGUGUCACCUGAGCGUCAAGUGGAUGGCAACUGCCUUCGGUUUACGACUAAUCUAAAUUUAAACAUCGGCUAACGUUUUUCUGCCUUCAAAAAAAAAAGCUGAAGUUAGUUUAAACUUUGCAUCCAACAGGUGUCACAGAAAUCAGCGAAGAGAAAGAGAAACGUCAGUAUGUUUCCCUUAGAUUCGCCCUGGAAUAUAUCUUUCGCUGGCUGCGGUUUUCUCGGUAUCUAUCACAUAGGAGUUGCAAGUUGUCUCCGAGAGCAAGCUCCGUUUCUGGUGGAAAAUGCCCGGCACAUUUACGGAGCUUCAGCCGGCGCUCUCACCGCCUCUGCACUGGUCAGCGGGGCUUGUCUUGGAGAGGCAGGCGCCAACAUUAUUGAUGUAGCGAAAGAGGCACGCAAGCGCUUUUUGGGGCCCAUGCACCCCUCCUUUAACCUGGUGAAGAUCAUGAGGAGCAGCCUCCACCGCGUGUUCCCACCCGACGCCCACAUCCGCGCCACAGGCAGACUGGGCAUCUCCCUGACCCGCGUGACUGACGGGGAGAAUGUGCUCGUGUCACAUUUUAACAGCAACGAGGAGCUGGUGCAGGCCUGUGUGUGCAGUGCCUACAUUCCUGUGUAUGCUGGUCUUAUUCCUCCAACGUUACAGGGAGUGCGGUACGUGGAUGGGGGGAUCAGUGAUAACUUGCCUCACUAUGAGCUGAAGAACACCAUCACGGUCUCUCCGUUCUCUGGAGAGAGCGAUAUCUGCCCGCGAGACAUCAGCUCCACCAACCUGCACGAGUUUCGCUUCACCAACACCAGCAUUCAGUUCACACUUUCCAACCUUUACAGGGUCUCUAGAGCCCUGUUUCCCCCAGACCCACAGGUGAUGAAGACCAUGUGCAAACAGGGAUACAAAGAUGCUCUCCACUUCCUCAAAAAGAAUGGCCUGCUGCAGUUCCGAGGGCCCAGCCGACCACUUGGUGCUGCAGGAGCAGUAGGUGAGGAGGAUUUAGAGGAUGAAGAAGAUGAUGAAGGGGAGAGAGAGGAGGAGGAGGAGGAGCACAAAGGCACAGAGAAACAAGCCGUCCUGCAGAGCCAGUCCUCAUUGGAGGAGCAUGUCUUUGAACACCUCCCACCGCGACUCCACCGAGCCCUUGUGGAAGCCUGUAAGGAGAGGCGGAGCCUCCUUCAGUCGCUAGGCAACUGGCUGCCCGUUAGGAUGGCAUCGGCCAUUUUGUUGCCCUAUACGCUUCCCCUGGAAUCAGCACUGUCUAUGACCAUCAGGUUGCUGGAGUGGCUGCCUGAUGUCCAGGAGGAUGUGGGUUGGAUGAAGGAGCAGAUGGUGAGGUUACUGCAGAGUGCUCUGCACCAUGCUGGGAAAAGUGUGUCCCAGCAGGUUUCUGCACGGUUUUCGUACCAACUGGAACUGACACAUUCCCAGUCUCUGCCCACUUAUCUCGGUGCCUCCAGCCUGCUGCCCUCCCAGCUGAAUCCAGCCAGUCUGGUGCCCGGUUGGCUGAGUGGGGGCAGCUCUUCAGUUCUGGAUGCCAUCGGCAAACUGGACCAGUACCAGCGCCAGCUGCUGCCGGGCGUCUUCUGUGUUAAUCUGAACUUUCGCGGUUCCUUCAGUGCCAGCUCGUCAUGCCCAGAUGCCCUCUCUCAUCAGGACAUGGACCUGGACGAGGGCUUGACCAUGCGCCCGGUUGGACCCCAGUAACCACCAG